UACAGUGCAAGCUCUCCCCUUCCAAUUCCAUUUAAAUAUCAGAUGGUAUCAGCAACCUCAGCACUCGGCAACCGAUUAUACCCACAUCUCCCCACCUCCUCCUCAACAUGGACAGAACCCUGAGACAAGAUAUUGAUCUCCCUGGCUUUAGGUUCCACCCCACUGAAGAAGAACUGCUGGGAUACUACCUCAAGAAAAUGGCACUAGGGAAAGCUCUCCAUUUUAAUAUAAUUGGCACACUGGAUUUGUAUUCUUAUGAUCCUUGGGAGCUGCCAAGGAAGGCGGAGAUGAGAGCAGAAAGAGAAUGGUACUUCUUUGUUCCUAGAGAUAGGAAGAACCAGAGUGGAAGGAAACCGAAUAGAAUUGCAAAGGGAGGCUUCUGGAAGGCAACUGGAACCGACCGGCUGAUCAGAAGCGCCGCUGAUCCAAGAUGCAUCAUUGGGAUAAAGAAGACCUUGGUGUACUACACAGGUAGAGCACCCAGGGGUGGCAAAACUGACUGGAUCAUGAAUGAGUAUAGGAUGCCAGACAACUGUCAACAAUGCAAGAGGGACAUAGUCUUGUGCAAGAUAUAUCGGAAGGCGACAUCAAUUAAGGUGUUAGAGCAACGAGCACUGGAAGGCAAUUCCAUGGAAGCGAUUCAGGGGAGUCACUCGACAACUGAGACUGGCUCUUCCUCUGAGCAGGAGUUUUCGCCAAACGUCGACCCCAAGCCCGAGAUCAUAGAGGACGACCAGAGAGGAAACCACGAAGUUUCUUCUCAAUUCGGCGGCCUGCAGUUUCAAGAAAUCGCCAGCGAAUUGGUAACAGGUACCGUUCAAAUUCCAGUGGCCAUGUCCAGGGAAAACUUGACUAAACUUCAGAUGCCCAAGGCCAACACGGACUGGUGGACUCAAGAUUCUUCCAUGGCGUACAGCCCUUGGAUGGACAACUGGAAUCCUGACACCAUACUCAUCGACCACCAUAUGAUCUCACAUUUUUCCCCUACCCUUCUCCAUGAUCCACAGCUUGUAAGAGACCUAGAGCAAAAGAACGCUCAUUUGGGGAACUAAUCCCUGCUGCGUGACUCUUUAGAAAAAUUCCCUUCCUUUUGUUCAAAUUCUGUGUAGCGAAAAACUAGGGAGAACAAGCUUUUCGUUUUCUCGACUGCUGUAGCUGACGGUAAAGAGAUUGUAAUAUUUUGUGGUUCUCGACGGUGGGGAAGUUUCAGUAGCUGUUGUUCUUCUCACUUUAACAGAGUCUCAUUCUCUCACGACUUCUUCCUGCCUUGUUUUAGCCUUUCCCGUAAAGUUGAAACGGGAAGCAGUUUCCGUAGUCCUGUAAUAUAUUUCUCUGAAAGAAAUAGAAACUUCCUUCUGUGUGGGGUCAA